GAGGAGACGCUUGGCGAGCACCACAGCCGCGAGUCCGGCGAGUCUCAUGUGAUCGGCCCCGCGUUCCUCGCGCGGAAGCAGCAACGUCAUGGGUCUGCUCUCGGAUCCGCUUCUGUUCGCGAUCGCGCUGCUCGACACGGGCUGCGUGCUGUUCCUCCUGGUGUUUUACAUUAUAACGCUGUCGGAUCUUGAGUGUGAUUAUCUGAAUGCGCAAGAAUGCUGUUACAAGUUGAAUAUGGGAGUGUUGCCAAAGUUAAUAGGACACACGUUUCUGGUGUUUCUUCUGUUGAUACACGGACAGCUGAUAUUGACGCUGGUGAAUAUACCGAUGACGAUGUGGUUGUUUUACGAGUAUCUUAACGUUCCCAGCGGCAAUAUGGGAGUUUACGAUCCCACGGAGAUUCACACUCGCAGUAAGCUGAAGAGAUACACGCGCGAUAGCAUGAUUCAUCUCGGAUAUUGCCUCGUGUUCUUUUUCAUUUAUCUUUAUUGCAUGAUUGUGGCGUUGCUCAAGGGGAAUCCCAUCGUCAGGAGCGACGACGACGACACUGUAACCGAAUUAUAAAGAUAAUAGAGAGAUUGAGGCAAAGAAACCCCUUUUAUAUGUAAUAUGUAUCGCGUUUAUAUUAUAUAUUCUUUUAUUUAUAUAUUAUAAUGGUAUACAAGUAUAUUUUAAUUCCACUAUAUCUGAUACACAGCACAUCACGUUCUUUAAACGAUAUAAGUAUUGUUUAUUGAAGAGUUUUUUUUGUUAUCAUAUCCGUUGUUUAAAUAUUUAGCUGGACACGCGUACUGCUUUCAAAUGAUCUAGCUGUUGUCAUUUACGGUUCCCAUUUAUUUCAAGAUAGGCAUUUCAGAGACAAAUAUUUUUCGCUUAUUUACUCAACACUUUUGAUAAUUCCCCUGAUUUGAAGGCCUCGAACAGUGUUAUUCGCGCUAAGGUCUAACGAAAUAAAUAGGAACCGUGCAGGACAUCAGACAAAUACCAAAUGCGUCGUCGUGUCCAUUCGCGCGUGCUGCUUGCGCGUAACGCGUGCGAGCGAUUGUAAGUUUCUAGUCGUAAAGAUGUAAAAGCGAAAGUCUGUAUCAUGGCAGGGAUUGCGUGUUUAAGGGCAAUAAUACAAUCGUAAUAUUUUAA